GCGCAUGACCGCGUAACUGCGACUCUUAAUAUAGGUCGUCAUAUUGUAGUUGUCCUCUGCCGCUUGUGCGCCCGGGUCCUGAUUGCCUGAAAUUAUCCGAGCUCCUGAGGCCCGUCCUGGAGCUUCGACACUUGCAUCGCGCUUGUUGGCCGACCCCCGACGUCGCAUGCCCCAUCCCCACCGUCCGUCCAACACACCGGCAUAACACAGCAGAGCAGAACCGCCAUGGCAUGGCAAUCGCCGUCGGCCAUGAACGCAGGCGGAGCGAACGGCGGAGGAGACGGCAAUGCGCCGGCAGGGACAGAGUACACGCUGCAGGGAGUAAUGCGCUUUCUACAACUCGAAUGGCACAACCACGAGCGCGCCAGGAACGCCUGGGACAUUGAGCGUGCCGAGAUGAAGGCCAAGAUCGCAAAGCAGGAGGGCGAGGUGCGCAGUGCGAAGAAGCUGAACGACCAGUUGAACAAGCACAUUCGAAUGCUGGAACAUGCCUUGACAACCGAGCGGGCGAAGAGCAAGAACGCGGGGGAGGCUCAGGCUUCGGAUGACAAGAAGGAUGCGAAGGGGAAGAAGAGCGGGUCGAAACCCCAAAACAAGCACCACAACUCCUUCCUCGAUGUCGAUUCUGAAUUCCUCGACCGAUCAGACGCCGACCGCGACGGCCUCCGCGAAAAGUCGAAGCUGUACCUCACAAAAUGCGUUGAAGAGAUAACGUAUCUUCUGACACCACCACCGCAACCUCCACCACAGCAGCCCGGUAUACAUGGCUUGGGCAACGGCGCUGGCUUCCUCAAUCACGGCGAUGCUUCUAUGGAGGAAAUCUACAUGCAACAGCACCGCCAGAAGAUGCAGUCACAACUGCCUACACUGCCCAACACAUCGAUGCCAAAUCACCAGCCUCCUGUGACCUCCGAAUACCAGAACCUCGCCCACCACCCGCAAAUGCAUUCUGCGCCUCAGAUGACUAGAGAGCAGUCUGGACAACAACCUCUGCCUCAACACUCUGGCAUCCCUUCAGAGUUCCUAGGGCAACAACAGCAACAAUCACAAUUACAGGCACAGCCCCAGCAGCAUCACUUCUCCUCGGUCCCUGAGGAGCAGGUAGAAAAGGUCACGCAUACGUACGACAACCAUGGUCGCCAAAUAUCCAACGCCAGCCAGAACGCAAGUCAGCCCAGUGCCGAUGACUCGGAAAGCUGGAACUUCGAGGAACCCAUCAGCGAAAUUCCUCAGGACAACCUAGCCUUAAGAAGACCGGACACAGAGAUGUUCCCCAACGCAAAUCAGAUCCCGCCAAAAUCGCCUCCAAGAGUUGGAAAGGGCCGAAGGGCGAGUGCGGAUCAUAAGCGUAAAGCUAGCAGCGAACUACAAAAUCAAAAUGCGGUAGCACCGGGUGCAAGAACAGACCCACAGAGCUUCAAGGUUCGAUUCGCACUGCGCGGCCAUCUUGAUGUCGUUCGAGCCGUCAUCUUCACCGGUGGUGGCAGUCCUGCUGAACCUGAGAUCUGCACUGCAGGCGACGACGGCAUGAUUAAGAGAUGGAUCAUACCAGCGAGCUACGCCAACCAACACAGCAUGAACAAUGAUCUGGACAUCGCCUCCUUCUGGUCACACAGGGGUCAUGAGGGCGCCGUAACAUCGCUGGCGGCAUGUCCCGCUUCCGCUCACUUCGCAACCGGUGGCCGAGUAUCUGGUGAUGGCUGGAUAUUCUCAGGCGGUCAAGAUGCCACUAUUCGUGUUUGGGAAAGAGGACGUGUCGAUCCCAAGGCUACUCUCGACGGCCACAAAGAUGCCGUCUGGACCGUUUGUGUACUACCAACAACAUGCGCAUCGGUAUUUGGAGCAGAUUGCAGCAACUACGGUGGUCCAGACAGGAUAUUGCUUGCUUCUGGUUCAGCUGACGGAACCAUCAAGAUCUGGGCGGUCAGUGCACCUCCCCAGCUUGUUUCGCCGCAGACCAACACACGGCGUGGCGGCAGCCGAAGACACUCGGUAACAUCAGGCUCCAACUACCCAUCAUCGCCCCAGCCAAGCGUUGCUACAUCGACACCUUUCCACUCUAUGCUGGUGCAUACGAUUGAGCGAGCGACGCACCCAUCUCCUACAUGCAUCAGCCCCUUGUCGCUGAACGGAGAAAAUUUCGUUGUAUCAUUCACGGAUGCAUCAAUCAUGGUAUAUGACACACGAACUGGAGAGGAGCUCAUUGGUAUGGCUAGUAACGAGACUUAUGACGGCACUCCUGCGACUGGCAUCACAUCUGUAGUUACAAGCUCGCAGAACACCGAAUCAACCGCACAGGAUGCGGCACGCGGGGAAGAUGAAGCCAUUCAUGGACCCACAGGGUCCAACAGCGGUGGUGGCCUUGAGGGUGUGAUCAUCAGUGGGCACGAAGAUCAGUUCAUCCGUUUCUUCGAUGCAAACUCUGGCCAAUGCACAUACAGCAUGCUGGCCCAUCCCUCCGCCAUCUCCUCCCUCUCACUUAGCAAAGACGGCCGCGAAGCCGUUUCCGCCGGCCACGACGCCUCGAUCCGUUUCUGGUCACUCGACAAGCGUAUCUGCACACAAGAGAUCACCGCUCAUCGCAUCAUGCGUGGUGAGGGUGUGUGCAGUGUAGUCUGGAGCCAGGACGGCCGCCUCGUCGUUUCGGCAGGCGGUGACGGUAUCGUGAAGGUGUUUGCUAGAUAGCAUCUUCGCAGACCUCUCAACACCACCCACCUGGAUGCAACCCGUCAAGAUUCACCGAUGCGUGAAUAACGUACCACAGCAUUUUUGGUCGAUGCAUUUCUAGCUGGAUCAUACCCCGCGCUUUUCUUUGGACUUUGAACUUGAAUGGCAUCAUGUAGCUGCACGAUUGAUGGAAUAUGGAUAUGGUAAUUGUACGCAUUGGGUCACAACAUCACCUUGGCCACUGUUUGGGUUUUGCAGGGGACCGUGCCAGAUGCAUCGCUCGCAGGCGCCUUCCUUUCGCUUCGCUUCAGCUGUACUAUACAUUUGACUGAAGACUAGAAGGCAAUGCCAACCUAUGUUAAACC